UCAUGACGCUGCAUAAACACUCAUCAAUAUUCAUGCCAGGCGGCUGCUUCUUCCUCUCGUGCAACGGCUGCAUGCACAUCGCAGACGUUGGCCGCGGCCCACUGCCUGGUCGUGGGCAGACGGGAGCAGGUAAGAUGAACAACAGAUGGCCUGGAAAACAACAGACACCAUAACUUGGUACCAGAAAAAGAUAAAAGAGGUCCAAUCUGCUAACCAUUUCCUAAUGAUUGGAGCAUACGACCAGCAAAUCUGGGAAAAGUCCAUUGAGCAAACAGAGAUUAAGGGCCUGCGAAGUAAACCUAAGAAGACUGGCCGAAUAAAGUCUGAUCUGAUUGAUGUUGACCUUGUAAGAGGAUCAACUUUUGUCAAAGCUAAGCCUGAAAGUCCAUGGACUGCUUUAACACGGAAAGGCAUAGUACGAGUGUUGUUCUUUCCAUUUUUCUGUCAUUGGUGGAUCCAGGUAACCUCACUAGGCAUCUUUGCAUGGCUUCUGCUUCUCUACAUCUUAGAAGUGAUAGCAAUCGGCUUAUAUUUGCUGGUCCCAGUGUUGUAUGUCAGUGAAAUUGUCAGCCCAAUGGUUCUGAUGCUGCUUCUGGGGACGGUUCACUGCCAGAUAGUCUCAACCCAGAGGCAGACUCCGUCACCCACAAAUGGAGGGAAGCGCAAGAGAACUACGCAAUCAAGGCACUUAUCUAGAAAGGUUGGGCGCUGCUCUACGAUUCCUGUGUCCAACAAUGGGAGAGAUGCUCAACACCGAGCUGCAAAUCGAGGUUCAGAGGAUAACUCCAGUGAGGAAACGGAGAGCCAAGCACGGCAUUUGCUAAGCCAGCAGAAAGUGAAGGGGACAUUAACAAUGCUACGAUUCCGAAGAAGUGCACAGGUCAAAGCAGCUGCAGUUUCAGAGGGCAGAGAGAGAAUCCCAAGGUGGGAGGUUCCAAAGCGAGACUCUGACAGCUUGCAGGACUCCGAGUUUGAAUCGGCAGCCCCAAAUCCGGAUAAUUCCUACUUGAGCUUCAGCUCCCUGAGCUGCAGUAAUUCCCGUCAGGACUCUGAGAGCAGUCGGCAUGGGUCAGAGACUGAGGAUAUGCUAUGGGAUGAUCUCCUAAAUGGGCCUCGAUGCCAUUCCUCCUACAGUAGUGAGAGUGAGUGUGAUAGUGUGCAGAGAGUGUCUCUGCAGAAGAAAGAGUCCAAAGAUGAACAGAACCACCUGCACUGGUUGUACAGCAGCAGCCAGAGUUCAGACAGAGUCAGCGCCAUUAUAUGGGAAGGAAACGAAUGCAAAAAAUUUGAUAUGUCUGUACUGGAAAUCAGUGGAAUGAUCAUGAAGCGGGCAAAUACAUUUGAGCAGCAUGAUGGUUACCGGAUCCUGGGAUACGUGGUGACAUCUGUCCUCACCUUGCUACCAUUUGCAUUUCGCCUUUUCCAGCAGAAGAACCUGGACCAGUUAGCUUACUCCUCCUUCUCUGAGUUACUGACAAUCAGUUGUGGUGGGAAGCCUGAUGGGCCUCUCGUUGUCUUAGUGCUGAUUAACAUUUUGGAGCGGUUCUGUCUGAUGUGGAUGUUUUUCUUCAUUCUUUGUGUGGCAGAGAGAACAUACAAGCAGCGCUUGCUGUUUGCCAAGCUGUUCAGUCACCUGACAUCAGCUAGGAAGGCUCGCAAGUCUGAGAUUCCUCAUUUCAGGCUGAAAAAGGUGCAGAAUAUUAAGAUGUGGUUGUCACUUCGCUCAUACCUAAAGAGGCGGGGCCCUCAGCGAUCAGUUGAUGUGAUUGUUUCGUCAGCAUUUUUACUUACUUUGUCCAUUGCUUUUGUCUGCUGUGCUCAGAUCCUUCAUGGACACAGCAGCUUCUUGGAUUCUUUGUAUAACUGGGAGCUCCUCAUCUGGGAGACAUCACUGGCUGUUUUCCUGCUGAGGCUAGUUACAUUGGGGUCAGAAGUCAGUAGAAAAUACAACAAUAUUUCCAUCUUGCUCACAGAACAGAUCAAUCUGUACCUUAAAAUGGAAACCAAACCCAAUAAAAAGGAACAACUUACCCUUGUCAACAAUGUGUUGAAACUUGCCACAAAAUUACUGAAGGAGCUGGACUCCCCUUUCAGACUCUAUGGACUGACCACAAAUCCACUGCUGUAUAACAUUACCCGGGUUGUCAUUCUGUCUGCUGUCUCUGGAGUGAUCAGUGAUUUGCUGGGUUUUAAUCUAAGGCUGUGGAAGAUCAAGUAACCUGCAGGAGUUGAGGUGAAGAAAGAAGAUACCCAAACUGUCCAAGAUGGAGAAUGUUUGUCAUUUUCCUCCCUGUCAGACUUGAUGCUUACACUAGCAAAUGUGGAUAAUCUAGGGUGAAAGUAACUUAAAAGUUCUUUGAUGGUACAAGUAAAUGUAGCAUAUUGUAAUCAUUUGUAUUGUCAUACCAGGACAAAAAUGAAUGUGGAGGAAGAAAGUGUAUUUUACCCCUAGUCCAGGGGUCCCCAACCUGAGGUCCAUAGACCCCUCAGUUAAUGGUAGGGGUCCAUUACCAAAAAAAGGGGACCCCUGCUGUAGGAUUUCUUCUUCCACAUUUAUCCAGGCCCUUUGGUUUAAGCACUGGCUGAAUUUCACAUGACUACUGGUCCUGUUACCCCCCCCCCCCCUCCCCCAAGCAAAAUCCAUGUGUGGUAAAAUAUUUAAGUUCCUGCAGAGCAGGCUAAAACUAUAUAGCCCAAGACUGGUACUAUAACUAUUGUAUCCAUGGACAGAAGGUGCCGCUAAAAUCAUGUUGUUUAAGUAAUGGCCUGGUGGCCAAUUGUCACAGUUGGUCUGUAAUGUUAGAAGUGAAAUCUGCCAGUUCUAAUUAUUGCCAGCUUAGCUUUCAAAAUAAAGGAAAGCUUCUACUUCA